AUGUCCUCUCCCUACCUCCUCGUUACAACAUGUUGUCUCUUUGCAACAUUGGGAUCCUUCUUGUUUGGAUAUGAUGCGGGUGUCAUCUCCACUGUCAUCGACCAGGAAACUUUCAAACGCCGAUUUCAUAAUCCUUCCGAUGCCGCUACGGGCGGGAUCGUCGCCUCGUAUAACGGCGGCGCCAUCAUAGGCUCCCUGCUUGUCUCAUACCUCUCCGACCCGUGGGGAAGGAGACCCGUUCUGUUCGUUGGCGGCCUUCUGGCUACCCUUGGGGCCGCCUUGCAGGCUGGUGCUGUCAAUGUGGCCAUGCUCAUCGCUGGCCGCUUGAUUGCCGGCCUCUCGGUGGGACUGAUGUCAUCCACCAUCCCUGUCUAUUGUAGUGAACUAUCGCCUCCCCGAAUUCGAAGCUUCCUCGGAUCCCUCCAGCAAUGGAUGAUCGGAUUGGGGGCAGUAGUUGCACAAUGGGUCGGAUACGGCUGCUCCCUGCGCACAGGGAACUUCACCUGGACCUUCCCCUUGGCCUUCCAAGCGGUGCCCGCGGUGAUCCUCAGCUGUGGGAUCUGGUUUCUCCCUGAAUCGCCCCGCUGGCUCAUCGAGCAGGGUCGAAGCGACGAAGGCCGCAGCACGCUCACGCGCCUCCACGCCAGCAACACCCCACUCAUUGAGACGGAAUACACGCAGAUUAUCACCAGCAUCGCCGAGGAGCGACAUCGCGCCCCGCGCACCUGGCGGGCGCUCCUGUUCUCGUCCGCGACCUGGCGCCACCGCAUCCUCCUCGCCUGCGGCAUGCAAGCCUUCACGCAGUGCUCAGGAACCAACAUCAUCUCGACCUACAACCCCAGUCUUUACCGAUCCCUCGGCCUGUCCGAGAAGACCUCGCUCAUGAUCCAGGGGAUCUGGGGCGCGCUCGCUCAGUUCUGGAACACGGUGUUCAUCAUCCUGUUCAUCGAGCGCCUGCCACGCCGCACCUUGCUGCUCCCCUCCCUGCUCGGCAUGGGCGCCACGAUGUGCGUUGAGGCCGCCCUGGGCCAGGCGUACCACAACUUCACCACGGGGCCCGACAACCACCAGCACCCGCCCGCGACCUCCGUGCGCGCCGCCAUCGCGCUCUUCUUCGUCUUCUCGCUCUUCUACACCAGCCUCGGCCUCAUCUCCUGGCUCUACCAGUCCGAGAUCUUCCCCACCGCCAUCCGCGCCCGCGGCGCCUCCGUCGCCACCGCCACGAACUGGAGCCUCAACCUGAUCUUCGCCCAGUGUACCCCGAUCGCCCGCUCCCGCAUGGGCUUCAACUACUUCUACUGCUUCGCCGCGUUCAACUGGGCCGCCGCCGCCCUGGUCUGGGUCGCUUACCCCGAGACUGCCGGUCGGUCGCUCGAGGAGGCCGAGCAUGUCUUUGAUCGUAAAGAGCCCCGCACUGAGCGGGGUCACCGGGGGCACGAACUGGAAUCUCAGCAUGAUACUAAAGGCGGGUUGGUGACGGUUUCGACAGAGGUCAGCGCGACCCCGCCUCCUACGUAACGCUGGUUAUGCUUUGGAGGUUAUGUUAACUCGACGAAAAUGUAUAGUAUACCUCAUAUAUCGUGAUCUUCUAAGUUGUAUAUUGUGUACAUAUAAGGUGCAGUGGGGUUUCUGAUGCGAGGUUUUGAUUCAGCGCCGCAUGAAAAU